GCUAAUUAAGCAUAUCUAUCAAGAUCAAACACAGAGAGACAAAUGGGUAUUCACAAGCUUGUCUCUGUUUUCCUCUUUCAGCUCCUUCUUGUUCUUUUGGUCUUGGAGAGAAGCAAUGCAAAGUAUUUGAAACUGGGCUUUUACAACCAGAAAUGCCCAGAUGCCGAGGCUAUUAUUACGAAGACAACUCACCACUACAUUUCUCGAGCACCAACCCUUGCUGCUGCUUUAUUGAGGAUGCAUUUUCAUGAUUGUUUUGUUAGGGGAUGUGAUGGUUCUGUGUUAUUGAAUUCCACAAGGGACAAUCAAGCAGAGAAAGCUUCAAUCCCCAAUCUAACUCUAAGAGGGUUUGAUCUCAUAGAUGCUGCAAAAUCGGCAGUAGAAAACAAGUGUCCCGGUGUUGUCUCUUGUGCUGAUAUCCUGGCCUUGGCAGCUCGAGAUUCAGUGGCAAUGAUUAAUGGACCAUACUGGGAAGUUCCUACUGGACGAAGAGAUGGAAGAGUGUCAAAAGCCUCAGAGGCAUUAGCAAACUUGCCUUCUCCUUUUGGUGACAUAAACCAUUUAAAAUCACUCUUCUAUUCAAAGGGUUUAAAUGUCAAAGACCUUGUUGUUCUAUCAGGAGGACACACCAUUGGGAUUUCUCACUGCCCUGCCUUCUCACCCCGGCUGUACAAUUUCACUGGAAAAGGUGACGCAGACCCUUCAUUAGAUCCACACUAUGCAGCAGAGUUGAAGAAAAAAUGUAAGCCAAGAGACACAACCUCAAUUGUUGAGAUGGAUCCUGGAAGCUUCAAAACAUUUGAUGAAGAUUAUUUCAGUAUUGUUUCCAAAAGAAGAGGUCUUUUCCAAUCUGAUGCUGCACUUCUUGAUGACAAAGAAUCAAAAGCUUAUGUCAAUCUUUAUGUAAAAACACAUGGAUCUACCUUUGCUAAAGACUUUGCUGAAUCAAUGGUGAAAAUGGGUCAUAUUGAAGUCCUCACUGGGAAGUCUGGUGAAAUAAGGAGGAAAUGCGCUUUUGUCAAUUGAUUAAUUAUUUGGGUUCUUGAUUCAAAAUUUUAUUAGUGUAUACGUUUUCCUUUUCUUUCCUUUUCUUUUCUUUCUGGACUGCAAAGUAAUAAGUGUAUAUGUGUGAGAUCUUCAAUUUCUUGAGGACAAUUAAUGGAGAUUGAAUCCAACAUGUAUCUUUGUAAUAUCAGAUUAUUGUUUCCAAUUG